CUCAAUGCCAACUUGCUCCGAAGUUCUUCCCCCUGCUAGCUAUAAGCCUAAACAAACAAGAGAUCGCUACCAAUGGCAAUGGAGAAGCUUUAUAUCCUGGUUGCCAUGGUAGUCUUCUUGUUGGCUAGCAGGGUAACAUCUCAACCUGCUCUUGCUCCUGCUCCGGAUAGUCAACCCCUUGAUGUGGAUUACUUUAGAAAUCCAGUGAAGUUCCUUGAAGUUUGUCCACUUUUUAAACACAUAACUGAUAAUAACUGUAUCGAAGCCCUUACCCUAAGCGUAUUUUAUAGAAGUAGCCUAAUUAUCACCAAGGAAUGUUGUAAGCAGCUUUUAUCUUUUGGACGUAAAUGCCAUCAAGCCUAUGUGAAUUCGUGGCGGCAUUCGCCGUUAUGGGGUUAUCCUGCUACGGAGGAAAGCAACAGAGUACACGCAGACGAACUUUCACGUUUGGGGGAUGAAGUCUAUUAUGAGUGCUCUUUAAAAAUCAGAGGAUAAUACUCAAUUGCUUAUUCCUCUUCUAAAGAAGACUUCUUCAUUCCUUUCUCUUUUCUUAUGGUUUCUGAUCUCUGUUUUACUCCUAUUUGCUUCAUUCAUAGACCAAUUUUUGAUGUCUUCACUUUUGCAUUUGUGCAGCUCCAUUGAUCAUACUUUCAAUUUUGCACUUUUGCAGUGAUACUUUAGGAACUGAUAUCAUGUUAUGGCAAAGGCUUUCCAGUAGAAUCAACCUCAAUAAUUUGAAAAAUCUUGGGCGCUCCUUUCAUGAAUCCAGGCGAACAUUUUGUGUUGCUAAUAAUUAAGUACAGAUCCUUACUAUCUUUGUGCUUGUCUUGAUAAGAAAAAC